UGCAGGUUUCUUGCUCGCGUCUCUUCCGUACUUGCCACCCUCUGCCUGUCUGCGUUAUCGUCUUCGAUGAACUGAGGCGCUCGAAGGAUCGAGAAGGCUGCGUUGAGCUUCUCUGGAGCAUCAAUCUACAACUUCAGACUCGUCAUCCUCUUUAGAUCGAAUAUGAAGACCAUUGUGGGGCUUGUUCUUGUGUUGAGUGCAUUCUCUGCUGCAGAAAACAUCGUCCUUGGAACACUAGGACAGACGGUCAAGAUCCAUUGUGGGGUCUCGACCUCGAAUGUAGACUUGAUCUGGGAAUAUGAAAAACAAACCAUAUUCUCUGUCCAGAAAAAGGGCAUGCGCAGCAAAGGCAAGGCGGCUAUGGUUUCCAGGUCAAAGCUGGGCAAGGAUUUUCUGGAGAUCAAUACAGUUGAGGUGAAAGAUGUUGGACUGUACACAUGUAAUGUGGCUGGGAACCCUCACCACCAUCGACUUGGUCUAGUCUCAGUCUCGGUUCACCCUUCCAAGGAUCUCCAGCUGGGCAGCGAGGCGACUCUUCAGUGCCAGGUAAAAGGGUUAGACCCCCCUCCUGCUGUGGAGUGGGAGAGGCCAAACAGCGAGCCAAUCAGGCAGGCAACUGUCCAGCUCACAUCUGUGUCCGGGUCGGAUAGGGGGGACUGGACGUGUAAAUUCACCCACGAUGGGAAGAUGUACAACAAGACCCUUGAAAUCCGCGUGGAAGAGCCAUCAGUUUCCACAUUGCCAACUCCAGAAGACCACACAAUGACUAACCGCCCCAAAACUACCGAAGACCCCCUGCCCAAUAAGAAGAUACUAGGGCUGAGCCUUUGGAUGUGGGUUGCACUGGGUGUAGGCUUUCUGAUCCUGGUUAUACUGUUGGUCAUCCUCUGUUGUAGGUGCAGAAGAAUGAAGAGGAGGGCCAAGAAGCUGAAGAUGGUCAGAAGUCCGCUGAAGUCCAGUCAAUACUGCAAGUGCAAAUGCCCAACAGCCCAACAGCCUGCCGCCGCCCCGCCACGAGGACGGCAGAAAGAGGAGCCAUCAACUCUCCCUCGACAGCAGCGCUAAUGGGGUGACAUGAAAGGAAGGUUGAAGAAUGAGCGAUAGAGGAAGAAUAGGAGCAAGAGAGAGAGAGAGAGACAGAGCGAGAGAGAGAGAGAGAUUGAAGGGAGCCAAAAUGAGUAAUACGGCAUAAAUGUAAAUGGGCUUUCAAAUGUUCUUGAUAAAAUGAAAAAAAAAACAUCUUAAAAGUUAAUAACUGUAAUUAUGUGUACACUUUUAGCUUUUCGCUCUGCCUGCAUGAGCCAAAAGACCCCCGCUGCCGGGGAAAAUUGCAUUAUACUUAGUGUUAGUUUAUGGAGCAUGUCAGUGUGUUAAACCAAUUAUAUCAUUGUUUACAACGCUGUAAAAUUAAUAAUCUAUUGUUCUGCUUCUUGAAAUAAAGUCGGAUGAC